GACUACGACGUUAGCACUAUGUCUCCGGAACACACUCCUCUCGGUGACAAGUAUGUGCCGAUGCUCUCUCAGGAGCAUGCGUUGGUGAACCAUGCCAGACAUCGACCGCUUCACAUACCUCAGCCCGGGGAACCCGGCUACGACGACUAUAUCUCCAAGCGCUAUGUGGCCCUGGAAAUCGGAGUGAAGGCCUUGGAGCGCCUGUUUCUAUUGUACACCGGAGACUUGGGCGCGUGUGAUCACAAAGAAUGGCUGGCUGACUGUGCCGUCUCAUAGGCAGAGCAAGCUCUCUCAACAGGAGCUCGCUGAUCUCCAGAAAGCGACACACUUCGACAAGAAGGAACUGCAACAAUGGUACAAGGGUUUCUUGAAGGAUUGCCCCUCCGGCAUGC